ACCUGCAGGUUGCUACGUAAAUGAGCGACGCUUUCUAAAUUUCUUAUCCGAAACAUAGAAAUAUAAACAAUGUAGUAUAUUUAAAGUUAACUUAGUAUUUAUCGGUGCUCACUGACUUACUCAUCUAAAAUAUAUCCAAUCACUGUGUUUUUAAUUGCUAUAAACGUUACUUUCUGAGCUCAAGCUUCCGUGAACUAUUUUAAUUGCUCCGAUUUCAUCAUGGGAUUUCAUGGUGGAUUAUCGCAGGGUCAUAAAUAAAUUAGCAGAUGGAUAAAGUGUGAGAUUGGAUUGUGAUUGAAAUAUUAACAUGGAGACUGAAUCUGUGCGGUCAGAAUUAAGCAGUCGAUCACGUCGAAGUUCCAGGCACAGGCAGCAUAGUACACACAGAAGCACAAGGAGCAACAAAUCUCAAAGAAAAGACUGUCUAGACAAUAGCAUGGCUCCAUUUCAAACAAGUGUAAAUAUUAACCCUGAGAUAGGUCGAGAUGGACAGGAAGUUAUUGAGGUCCAAAUUCUGCCACAGGAUGAGAACUGGGGCGAAAAUACAACAGCUGUGACUGGCAACACAUCAGAAGGAUCUCAAUCCAUCGAAGAUUUAAGCAACUGGCAGAUUGAGUCUGACAAUGGCCUCGGUUUUGUAUGUUCCAGAUAUUUUGGUACUACCGUAGGGUUGGGGUUAUCAUUUGUGUCAUUCAUUAGCCCAUUGGCAAUGGUAGUGCUGCCAAAAAUAGGAUUUUUUCCUGGAUUAACCGAUAACAUUGCUAUACAACCUAGCCAAAGAAUACAACUAUUGUCAUGCACAGGAGAGUGUAAAGGCAUCCUUCUUUCUAUUGUUUUUAAAUUAGUUUUGCUUGCAAUAGCAAUAUGGGCAGUAUUCCUGAGGCCCAGAAAUGCAGUUUUGCCAAGAAUAUUUGUGUUUAGAGCAAUAAUGUUUGUUAUAUUAGCUGUAUGUACAUUUUCAUACUGGUUGUUCUAUAUCGUUCAAAUAACUGAAGCUACAAAGGCUUUAGCUGUUGGCGAAGAAGCAGUUGACUACAAAUCCCUAGUGUCAUAUGUCUCGAGUUUCUGUGAUACUUUGCUGUUUGUGCAUUAUACAGCUGUUGUCUUGAUGGAGAUACGGCAUUUAGAGCCAGUAUAUUACAUUAAAAUUGUUAGAAGUCCAGAUGGUGAAAGUCGGUCUUACCCUAUAGGCCAGUUGAGUAUACAGAGGGCAGCUGUGUGGGUUCUCCAGAAAUAUUACACCGAGUUUCCUAUUUAUAAUCCAUACUUGGAAAAGAUACCGAUAUCAAAGUCGCAAAGAAGAGCACAGUCCAGUAUAAAGUUCUAUGAAGUGGAUUCAAACACAAAUCCUUCAUCUGGCCAGCCAAGGAGCGGCACUGGCUCGUGCACGGGCAGUGUGGGUCGCAGGCGUGACUCGGGCUCCGCCCACAACGAGCGCUACUACGAGGAGGCGGAGCGCGAGCGGCGCGUGCGCAAGCGACGAGCGCGGCUACACUCGGCCGCCGAGGACGCCUUCGCUCACGUGCGCCGCGUGCGACUCUCCGCUGCCAACGGUGGUGCGCUGGGCCCCCGCGAGGCCGCUCAGGCGGUGUUUCCAUCUCUGGCUCGCGCCCUGCAGAAGUACUUGCGAGCAACUCGCCAGCAGCCCAGACACUCUGCAGACUCGGUGCUUGCUCACCUAGCCAGGUGCCUAUCUCAGGACGCGUCACCCAGAGCAUUCCUCGAACCGUUCCUUGUGGAAGGACCAGUGCUAGCAGCGGAGCAAGAAGCCAGAACAGUCCAGCGUUGGUCGCUCAUAUCUGAUGAGCUGCUGGCCCGGCCUCUUGCAGACAAUAUCGAGUUCCAACUUCGACAGGGCGACAUAUCGCUCAUAUGCUCGAUAAAGCAACUGCCAAAGUUUCAUUUGAGUGAAGAAGUUGUAGAUCCAAAGAGCAAUAGGUUUGUUCUGAGGUUGAACUCAGAGACUUCGGUCUGACAUGAGGAGAUAUGUGUCCGAGAGGAUAUGAGGUUGGUAUGAUGUUUGAGUGACAGUUCAUGUCUAGGGAUUGGGCAUAAAUAUUGAGACUAAUAAUGGGACAUUGUAUGAUGUUUUGUGGGGUUUGACAGUAUUCUUGAUAUAACUGUGUCAUGUUUUAUUAGCUAUCACAAACGACUGCUAUUUUUAAAGCUUUCACAGCUCUCUGGGGCCAAUAUGAUUAGGUCUUUUAUAUCAUAUAUUUGUUUAUCCUGUCACUUCAAAAUAUACAACAAGUUAACAGAUAUACAGGAUGAUUUUAUUAUCACCAUCCAAAUUUUAUAGGCCUUAGAGAGUAUGCACUUAAGAGAAAAUAUAUGCAAGUAAAAAUUUUAAUACAAUUAAAUAUUCUUCUCAAAAUAACUAUUAUUACAGUGUGGUUACCGUAUCCUAAUAGAAAAGGUUUAAAUAGCGCUUGGUUUCCAAAAACUUAUAUUUUUUGUAAAUAACUUUCUGUAGCCAUCCCUAUAUUUUAGUUCGGAGAGAUAGUAAAAAAUAAAUACAUACUUUUUUUUUGUUUAUUUUACCAAAGAUAAUAAAUACAUUUGGACAAUGGUAAAAUCCUCCUGUGUAUUAUGUUUUAUGUACCAGAAAUGAUAACAUCUAAUAUUUAGAAUGUUAUGUAGAUAAAUUUAAGACUUAAUUUUUUGGAAGUAAUAUACAUACAUACAUAGACUGUUGUUUCCUGUAUACAUAGUAGGUAUGUAACAUUUCAUAUUUAUGAAUUUUGCUUGUUUAUAAGACUUAAACAUUGAGAUUAUAUUAUAGUUUAUAAGUCAACACUAAUUUAUAUAGAUUCAGCUAAGAAUGUAAUUUAU